AUGGUACAUGACCUGACGGAGAUGUUUAUGAUGAGACUGAUAAAGAGAAGGCUCUGGGAGAUCCACAUCCACUGGAGCAGUGUGGAUAUGAUGGGGCCCAGUGAGCAGGUAGUUGGACUGCUGUAUAUCAACAUUGCCACAGGUAUCUCUGUAAUUCAAUCUGAAACACUGCAGAAAUAUGUGCCAGGUGGUACUAUAACUUUAAAGUGUAUUAUCUCAAAAUAUUAUGAAAACUACUUCUCCUGGUUCAGGCAGUCUCUCGGAGAAGCACCAACAUGCAUCAUCAAUCUUUAUGCUGGCUCUCUUCCUGUGUUUCAUGGAGACUUUACACAUGAUAGAAGAUACAAAGUAAACAAGAGCGAAACUCAAUUUACUUUAACGAUUUCAGAUUUAAAGCAAGCAGAUACUGGAAUCUAUUAUUGUGCUGUAAGGGAUUAUGACCUUGUAGUUUUCAGUAAUGGUGUGUUUCUCAAAUAUGAAGGACCUAAUUCAAAGCACCACCAUUAUAUCAGUGGAUUUGUAUUACUUGACCAGACAGACAACAAUCUGAUAUUGAAAGAGACAGUUCACCCAGGAGAUUCUGUGACUCUGCAGUGUACAGUCCUCACUGAGAGCUGUGCAGGAGAACACAGUGUCUACUGGUUCAGACAUGGCUCGGGAGAAUCUCAUCCAGGAAUCAUUUAUACUCAUGGAGACAGCAGUGAUCAGUGUAAGAAGAGUUCUGAGGUUGGAUCUCCCACACAGACCUGUGUCUUCAACCUUCCAAAGAGUAAUCUCAGCCUCUCUGAUGCUGGAACUUACUACUGUGCUGUGGCCAUGUGUGGAGAGAUAUUGUUCGGGAAUGGGAGUAAGCUUGAAUUUGUUGGUGAGCAGAAACAUGAACCCAAACUCAUUCAAAUUAUUGGCUUGGCAACAUCCAAUGUGUUCUGCCUAAUUAUAAUUUCUGCCCUCUUGUGCAUGAGGAUAAAGACAAGGAAUAUGACCAUAAAGCAGCAAGUUUCUGAGCAUAACUAUGGCUUUGGGGAGAAAGAACUCCUAGCUGUGAAACUAGCUCUGGAGGAGUGGAGACAUUGGCUUGAGGAAGCCAGCCACCAUUUCUUAGUUAUCACUAAACGUUCCCGCAAUACUAAGACCGAUGCUCUGGAGGAGGGAGAGGAGGAACCAGAUACACCAGACACCUCCUUCCAGCACAGGGAAGCUUAUGCACAUUUCAGUACCUGA